AUGAAUCGUAAUGGGUUUAAGAAAAAAUUGGGAGAUUGUCGUGAAGUUACUCGAUCUUGGCUGGUGUACUCCCCAUUAAGAAAAUCUGCAUUCUGUCUUUGCUGCAUUCUAUUCUCCCGAUCAGAAGAUCACUCAUCUUUGGAGCAAGAAGGUGGAUUUACACAGUGGAAAGCACCUGAAAGAAUCACCGUUCAUGAAAAUGCCAAGAAUCACCGGGGAAGUUUUGCACAGUGGAAAGAAAUGGAGUUGAAUUUCAUAAAAAAUAAGGGGGUCAUUGAUGCGAGAAUUUUGUCACAGAUCGAGGCAGAAAAACUUGACUGGGGUGAGUUUUUGACAAGAAUUUUUCACUGUAUAAAGUUUCUAGCAACUCAAAAUUUGGUUCUGCGAGGACUUAGAGAGUCACUUCACAUGCUCGGCGAUUCCAAUGUGGGAAAUUUUCUUGACUUGCUAAAACUUAUAGCCGUAUUCGAUCCUGUAUUAAAAGAGCAUCUCAAAAAUGCCGAAAGUCAUCCUGGAUCCACUUCAUACAUCUCUCUCAAUAUUUAA